AUGAAGAGAUCUUUAUCUACAUCUCAUCUAAGAAGAAGUAGUGUAGCUUGUAGUACCACUCUUCCAUCUUGCUGCAUUUUCUCCACUCUAAUAAGACUAUGGUAUAGGAUGGUAACAAUGGAAUCCUACAACGGCGAGUUGAAGAAAGUGAAAUCUAGUUUGAAAACGGGAAGAAAAACACGAAGAAACAACACGACGGUGGUUAGAAAGGUAGAGAAGUUGCAAAAGCUUGUUCCGGGAGGAAGAGGGUUGAACGCGGCUCGACUAUUUGAUCAUACGGCGAACUACAUUAUGCAUCUCAAGUUACAGGUUGAUAUGCUUCAAGCCCUCUCGGAUCAUGUUUACCGAUCCUAGCUAAUAUAUUAUACCUUUUAAUAAUUAGUAAACGUAUGCAUGUAUACUCAUCUUUUACAUAUGCAUGCCAUAUACAAGUAUAUUUUUUUAAAGCAACAUACCGUUAUUAAUUUAUGCAA